UGAAAUGGCUGACGGGUUGCCGUCGGGUGGAGGUCUGGGGCUUGGGGCGAUGGCACCAGAGCGCACUAACUGGGCAGCCGAGGAGGAGCCGGAGCCCCUGGAGAAAGGUUUGUUCCAAGAUGAAGAGUCAUGCAGUGAUUGUAGCUACCACGAUAAGCCAGUCACUAGUUUACAAGGUUUUGUGCCAGAAGGAAAAACUCUUUUCCCAGAAAUUUUCCAAACAAGUCAACUUUUGUUCUAUGAACGAUUCAGAGCCUAUCAAGAUUACAUUUUAGCUGACUGCAAGGCCUCUGAAGUAAGGGAAUUCACAGCUGAGUUCUUGGAGAAGGUCCUUGAACCAUCUGGAUGGCGGGCAGUCUGGCACACUAAUGUGUUUGAGGUGCUGGUUGAGGUUACAGAUGUGGACUUUGCAGCCUUGAAGGCAGUUGUGAAGCUUGCUGAACCCUAUGUCUGUGACUCUGAAGUGAACACUUUUACCUUGGAUUGUGUGAAAGAGCUCCUGGAGCUGAAGGAAUGUCGGUUGCCCCUGCAGGAGUUGUGGGUGGUGUUUGAUGGUUCUGGAGUAUUUGACCAGACAGCCCUUGCAAUUGAGCAUGUCAGAUUUUUCUACCAAAACAUUUGGAGGAGUUGGGAUGAAGAAGAGGAGGAUGAGUAUGAUUAUUUUGUCAGAUGUGUUGAACCUCGAUUGAGAUUGUAUUAUGAUAUUCUUGAAGACCGAGUUCCUUCAGGACUUGUUGUUGACUACCGUAAUCUGUUGUCUCAAUGUGAGGAGAGUUACAGGAAAUUUCUAAAUCUGAGAAGCAGUUUGUCAAAUUGUAAUUCUGAUUCUGAGCAGGAAAAUAUCUCCAUGGUGGAAGGAUUAAAAUUGUAUUCGGAGAUUGAACAGUUGAAACAAAAGCUAAAACUCAUUGAGAAUCCUUUGUUGAGAUAUGUGUUUGGUUAUCAGAAGAACUCUAAUAUUCAAGCAAAGGGCAUCCGUCCAAAUGGCCAGAAGAUCACCCAUGUGGUUUCAUCCACCAUGAUGACAGGUCUACUUCGGGCUCUGCUCAGGGACAAGCUUUGUGAAGAGCAUUGCGAGGGGGAAAUAGAAGUUCAGUUCCACAGAGAUCCAUUGUCUGCUAUAAAUGCUUGCUUUGAAGGUGACACUGUUAUUGUUUGUCCUGGUCAUUAUGUGGUACAUGGCACAUUCUCCAUUGCUGAUUCCAUUGAAUUGGAAGGAUAUGGUYUACCAGAUGAUAUUGUGAUAGAAAAGAGAGGCAAAGGAGAUACUUUUGUGGAUUGCACAGGUGYGGAUAUUAAAAUCUCAAACAUAAAAUUUGUUCAGCAUGAUGCUGUAGAAGGAAUCUUAAUCAUUCACCGUGGCAAGACUACAUUGGAAAACUGUGUGUUGCAAUGUGAAACUACAGGAGUCACAGUACGAACAUCAGCUGAAUUUUUAAUGAAGAACUCAGAUUUAUAUGGUGCCAAGGGUGCUGGUAUUGAAAUAUAUCCUGGGAGUAAGUGUAUCCUGAGUGACARUGGGAUCCAUCAUUGCAAGGAGGGGAUCCUCAUUAAGGACUUCUUAGAUGAGCAUUAUGACAUUCCCAAAAUAUCCAUGGUAAAUAAUGUCAUACAUAAUAAUGAAGGUUAUGGUGUUGUUUUGGUGAAGCCUACAAUUUUCUCUGAACUGCAAGACAAUGCCCACGAUGGAAUUGAAGAAAAUAAAGCACUUAAAAUUCAGACAAGUGAAGAGGCAGAUGCAGCUGAAAGAGUGGAUCUAGAAGAGCUGAUUCAGUGUGCAACAGGCAGAAUGGAGCUUUAUGAAAGAACUGACCUUUCUGAGCAAGUUGAGGGUAAUUGUGAAAUUGUAAAUGAACUAGUUGCUGUCUCUACACAAAAAGGCCACAUGAAGAAGAAAAGRUUGAGUGAACUGGGGAUCACACAAGCUGAUGACAACUUAAUGUCACAGGAGAUGUUUGUUGCAAUUGUGGGGAACCAGUUUAAGUGGAAUGGAAAAGGGAGWUUUGGCACUUUUCUUUUCUGACGACAGUGAUGUAGAUAACAAAAUAUUGAAUUUUGCACAUGCUGCUCUAAGAAUCACUGCUGCUCUGUAGUUUGCUUUAUGUUGUAUUUUAUAUUUKAUAUAUUUGAUUGGGCUUGAGUGAAAAGUAGAUUUAUUUCUAUCUGCAGCUAUUGCACAUAAAACACUCUUCAUAAGAAAGGUCGUAAAAACAAAAUAAUUGGAGAUUUCUUAUUUAGAAUGUCUUGUUUUCUUAAACACAUAGUUCUCAUAUUAAGCCUGCUGUGUAGCUUUCUAGUGUGAAUACACUUUAAUCCAGCACUUCAAAGAGGAGGAAGAAAGGUAGGGAAUGCAAGACAGUAUGCACCAAAAUGCAGUAGGUAUCACAUGUGCAGGGUUCUUCUAGAGUUGUCUUUUUAUCCCAAUUACAGUGAGUCUGAUUUCCACACUAUAUUUGCAUAAUACUUGUCUUAAAAUAAAAGCUUUUAUGAUUGGGAAGUUAUCUAACUAAUCAGACUUAUUAUUGAGAAUUUGAGUAGAAUGAAUUUUUAUGUUGAACUAUGCAAUCAUAAAGUCAGCAAUAGAUAACUUAGCAGGUUUAAAGCAGAAACAAAAUGUGUUGUUUGGAGUCAUGUGUUCGUAGAGUAUUUCCAGUACUGAAUGUGAAUGAUUAAAAAGAAAGUCUUUUUC